UGCUGCAGUGUGUGAAAUCUACAGGAUAUGAGGCUACAGUAUCCCACUGAACACCUGUGCUUCACUUUUUAUGCUUGACUUCCCCUCUAAAGAGAUCUGUCACCGUCCCACAUCUGAGCCCGUCUGCUCUGCCACAGUGCACCGCCUCAUAUCAGCUUGUCAGGAAACCUGCCAGCCGUGGAUGCCUGUCAUGGUGGCUUUGAAUCACCUGCUGCGACCACUGCUGUGCCAGUCCCUGCUGCGACAGGUCAGAUCCCCCCUCGUGGCCACAUCCAGGGUCAGUGCACCACCUCGGUACCCCAACACCACCUGCUACCCCAGUGCAUGCAUCAGGCUCUACGCCACCAAGAAGUCAAAAGCCAAGGCAAAGGGCCAGUCGGCUAAGGUGAAUAUUAAUUCGGCUCUGGUGGAAGACAUCAUCAGUCUGGAUGAAGUGAAAGGGGAGAUGACAGCUGUUCUCAAUGCACUCAAAGAUGACUUCACACGCAACCUAAGCAUCCGAACCUCGCCAGGAGCUCUGGAUCACAUUGUGGUAACAACUCAAGAUGGGAAGUUUCCCCUCAACCAGCUGGGUCAGAUCUCCAUGAAAUCACCUCAGCUCAUUAUGGUCAACAUGAGCAGCUUCCCAGAGAGUAACGCGGGAACACAGAGAGACCCUGGUGAAGCUGGCCAAACAGUUCAGCAACAAGGCAAAAGACUCACUGAGGAGAGUACGAUCUAAUGCUGUUACACAGGUCAAAAAGGCAAAGGAAGUACACUCGGAGGAUACCAUACGACUAGUAGAAAAACAGAUUCAGCAGUUCUCGGACAACAUUGCAGUGGACAUUGACAAACAGCUUGCAGCCAAGACCAAGGAGCUGUUAGGCUGACUGUGACGAUGAUAAGAAACGAACCUACAGAUGGACACACAUUACAGAAGCAACAUGUCAUUCUUGUCGUGUUAAUAAUACAGUUUUUUUGAUGAGGUCUGACGGUGAAGAACAUCUCUCUGGACUGUUGUACAGUGUUUUGGUACGCCUGGCAGAAACCGUGCCCACAUCGCUGGCAAAGAUCUGCUCCUCACUGCUGGGUGAUAUCUGUGUUUAACCGUCGGUGCAUAAACAGAAAUUGGCACGGAAACAACAACAACGACAGACUGCCAGUCACCUCCCUCCUCCCUUGUUACUCUUCCUGUCUUCAAACAAACACCAAGCGAGGGACGAAUGGACUUUUAAUGGGAUUUGCGGGCCUCCUCCUAAUCAAACCCCUUGCCACAAGGGCCGUCUGUUUAUAUAAAACAAGCGCACCCGUCUGAAUGUAAACUGGCUGCGGGUUUGUCUUGGUGGCAAGAGUGAGAGAGAAGAAGGGAGAGAGAGUUUGUUCCAGAGAUGCAGGAUAUCAUUAGCGUGUUGCCAAACAUUUGUUUCGCAUUGAUUCAAAGUCUGUUAAAAAAUGCACUUGAGAAAAAAAAAAAAAAAGGGCCUUUAAUUUCUACCCAUGUCUAGGAUUGAUAAUACGGCUGCUCUCUCGACAAUAAAGCCGGGAAAGGAACAUUAUUGAUGGACUCCAUUAAAGAAACACUGCUUUGUA